CAAAGAUAGUUCUGUCGUAAAAAUGGACUGGUUGUCAUCCAGAUAUAUUUUAUACAUACUGAUAGUGGCAAACACCGAGUCACAGUCUCAUUUUGAAAAAUUCCAACCGACAUUUUAUCAGUCAGUGCUUGAUGAAACAGAUAAUGACUUUGGACAGGAAUCAAAUGUUUUCGAUAGACUAGAUGAGGACGAGAACAGCAGGCAGACGACAGGGUUCAUCUCUCUUAAUGUUGAUCCAUAUGUAGAAACACAGAUGUAUGGACCGGAAAACCUUCCCGACUUCUUCCGGUCAAAUAAUGGAUACUUAACAAGUGACAUGAAAGGAAAAAGAAAUGAAAACCACUUUAUGAACGGAGAUUAUAGACCAAUUUCAAAUUCAAAACGAUUAUAUGUAGAAAUGUUUCCUGAUACCCAGCCAAUAUCAAGGCAUAAAAUGCGACUUUUCCCGUAUAGAAAUGUCGUAAAAAUAUCGUCUGGGUGUACAGGAACGCUUGUGACUCCAAUUCACGUGCUGACAGCCGCACAUUGUGUACAUGACGGUCUCGACUUUAAAGACAACAUGGAAAUGUUGAAGGUUGAAGUAACAGAUCGGAUAGGUUACCGCGUCCAUUAUAUUGUAAAAAUAAACGUUCCAGUCAUGUGGUUGAAAACCCAAACGCUACCGGAAAUUGGUCGCGGGGCUUUCGAUUACGCAAUUUUACAUUUAAAUCUCCCAGUCAACGGUCUUAAUAAAUUUAUGCAGUUAUCGUUACCAACUGUGAAAACUUUAAACUCAGAUCUAGACUUUUUAGGAUUUAAAUCCAAUAGUUUAUGGCUAGCAUCAUGUAAUGCCGAUGAAAAUAUACUUUUCAUGAGAGGAAACAUAGUUCUUAGAAAAUGUAAGACUUCCGCCGGAAAUUCCGGCGCGGCCAUUUUCUCAAACAGUGUCAUAGACGGAAGUAGAAUUGUGGGAAUUUUGUCUAAUACAGUGACAACUGCUGCAGGCCAGUUUUCAGAAGAAGAGACAAACUAUGAAGCGAUAAUGCUUCUGACUUUACCAAAAUGUUUAGACAUAUGUGCUAUGACACAUCCUGAAGGGGAUAAAUUUAAUGACUGUGAAUCUAUUCGUCGGAAUAAUCAACAUUACGUUCAACUUGGUUCUAAACGUAUCAAACCAUUCUUUGGCUGAAAUCUUAUAUUAAUAUAGAAACAAAUAAAACAAAGCUCGUUGCUGUAAACUCGUUUUAUUUACUUAUGUACUUUAUAAAGUGUAAAACAAUACCUAAGAAAACGUUUAAAAUUGUUUCAAUGCACUGGUAUUAUAACGGAGCGGCAUAGCAUGCUCGGUAAUACCAUGUCUAUUUAUACCAUUGAAGUCAAAGUUAUACAUGUACAAAUCAGCGGUAAUAUAAAUGUUUCAUUAUUUUAUUUCGUCAGUUCAUUUAAGUCAUUUAAGAAAUGUUCUAUGAUUUACACGAUUAGCAGUAAUAUUUCAUGGUUUUAUGGAUUUUAAAAUAAUUCAAUCCCCUCGAUUUAUUCAACAUCCACACAAUUGAAUAACGGAUCGUGAUAAAAACGACAAUGAAACAGAAAGUCACAUGCGAGCUGAAUGGACAAAACAGGCUUCUAUUCUAUAAUUGGUAUCGGAUAUAACCAUUUAGUUCACCUCGCCUAUUAUCCAUAAUCACAUGGGAAGCAAUGAGAAAUAAAAACAGUUUUAUUUCCAUGAUAUUAUGAUGAUAAUCAGCAUUAAUACUUAAAUAUAAAUGAAAUGACGUACGAAUUUAAUCAACUUUGAAAUACCAUUAACAUCAUUAGCAAAUAAAAAUCACGUGCUACAUUUUACUUUUAUAUGUUUGAAUACACAUCAU